GUGCUCUAGCAAAUUCAUAAGUGAUUGGAUGAAAGGAAAACCAAGGCCCUUCCCACCUGCACCUGACUAGUGGGUAUUUACAGCACUUUUCAAGGAGCCUCUGCACUGCCACUACACAAUUUCACUGCAUGGACUGAGCAGAGUAGACAAUGCUAUAGGGACCAAUGUGCUAGCAGUGAUUCUGUGUGCUGCACACGAUCUGGGGACCGUUAUUCCAAAGUGAAAGGCGAUUCUGAAAGAAGGAGAAAUCCUGCAUUCAAAAUGCCACGAUCUUUCCUGGUCAAGAAACAUUUCAAUUCAUCCAAGAAGCCCAAUUACAGUGAACUGGACACACAUACAGUGAUAAUCUCCCCAUACUUAUAUGAGAGCUAUCCAGUGCCUAUAAUACCACAACCAGAGAUCCUGAGCUCAGUAGCUUACAAUCCCAUUACUGUCUGGACUACAACUGGGCUUCUACCAUCCCCAUUACCCAAUGACCUCUCUCCUCUCUCUGGAUACCCCUCAUCCUUGGGAAGAGUUAGCCCACCUCCACCCUCUGACACCUCAUCCAAGGAUCACAGUGGUUCAGAAAGUCCCAUUAGCGAUGAAGAAGAGAGAAUCCAGUCAAAGCUUUCAGAUCCACAUGCAAUUGAAGCUGAAAAGUUUCAGUGCAGUUUAUGCAACAAGACCUAUUCAACUUUCUCGGGGUUGGCCAAACACAAGCAGCUGCACUGUGAUGCCCAGUCUAGGAAAUCAUUCAGCUGUAAGUACUGUGACAAGGAGUAUGUCAGCUUGGGAGCCCUUAAGAUGCACAUCAGGACCCACACGCUACCUUGUGUCUGCAAGAUCUGUGGCAAGGCUUUCUCUAGACCCUGGCUACUUCAAGGACACAUUAGAACUCACACUGGAGAGAAGCCUUUUUCCUGUCCACACUGCAACAGAGCAUUCGCAGACCGAUCCAAUCUGAGGGCUCAUCUGCAGACCCAUUCAGAUGUGAAGAAAUACCAGUGCAAAAAUUGCUCCAAAACUUUCUCUAGGAUGUCUCUUCUGCACAAACAUGAGGAAUCUGGCUGCUGUGUAGCACACUGAGUCAUGCAGUCAAUGUUUACCUGGGCUCAAUGAGUUUCUCCACUCCUGUUCCAAAUGAUAAAUGGAAAUCCAAAGCAUUUUCUCUUCAACUUCCCAACCAAAAGCAAACAAAAAAAUAGUGGAAGAACUUAAAAUGUCAGCACAAAUGAGCUUAAGUAUUUCUUUUCAGUCACUUACGUAUGAAUUUUGAAAUGCUAAUAACCAUGCAUGACAUUUCAAACAGAUCAUAAGGAAGAAGCACUGUCUACUUUCUUUAAACAUGAAGCCAAAUGCAUGUAGUCUUACUACAAAGAGUUAACAGUACAUUCCUGCCAAGCCGUUUCAACCAAAGAACAGUAUUUGAAAAGAAACUGUAAUAAUAAUUAAGAAACCUAUCCCAACUACAUUUUGCCAGACACCAUUUAUCUCAGGUGCCUUAAAAAGUAUUCCAAGUUUACUUUAGUAAAUGUCUAAUAUUACUGGUUGUUGUUCUUUUAUCGUUAUUAUUAAAAACCAAGGGCUUUACUGAUGACCUGAAAUGCUUUAAAAGUGAAUAAUUAAAA